GCCCUCUUCCUCUCUACGCAGCAACCGAUUGAACCGAACGCUCUCGAAGGUUCUGACUGCGACACCGGGUGGAAAUUAACUUUCUAUCUGAGUCCAUCCGCAGCCGAACCGCGGUGCUACAGCUCCGGAACAUCAGCGAUUCCCUUCUCCAUUAUUCCCUUAACAUUUACCACCAAUUAUUAGGUAAAAAAUGCCUGAAGCGAUGGGAUCAAUGAGAGCCUCAAACAUGGGGAGAAACAAAGGAGGGGCGUAUGUGGACCGCGACAAGCCGGCCCAGAUCCGCUUCAGUAACAUCUCUGCUGCUAAAGCUGUUGCAGAUGCCGUCAGAACCAGCCUGGGGCCCAAGGGCAUGGACAAGAUGAUCCAGGAUGAGAAGGGUGAUGUGACCAUUACCAACGAUGGAGCCACCAUCCUGAAGCAGAUGCAGGUCCUCCACCCGGCCGCCAAAAUGCUGGUGGAACUUUCCAAAGCCCAGGACAUCGAGGCUGGAGACGGCACCACCUCUGUGGUUGUGAUUGCUGGAGCUCUGCUGGAGGCCUGCUCCAAGCUGCUGCAGAAAGGUAUCCACCCCACCACCAUCUCCGAGUCCUUCCAGAAGGCGGUGGAGAAGGGCGUGGAGGUUCUGACGGGGAUGAGCCGCCCGGUGCUGCUGAGCGACCGCGAGACGCUUCUGAACAGCGCCACGACCUCUCUGUGCUCCAAGGUGGUGUCGCAGUACUCCAGCCUGCUGGCGCCCAUGAGCGUGGACGCCGUCAUGAGGGUCAUCGACCCGGCAACCGCCACCGGGGUCGACCUGCACGACAUCAAAAUCAUCAAGAAGCUCGGGUGAGAGAGAGGGAGAUAUAAUAAUAAUAAUAA